GUUUACCUAGUGAAAUUUCUUUAUUAACUCCAACUGAGAAAAAUGAAAAUGGUUGGAGAUGAAAAUAAUGAAUUGAAAAUCAAAGAAACCUUCUUCAUAACCCACGGAAAUCCGAUUUUGGCAGUAGAGAACACACAUCCACUAAGACUAUUCUUUCAAACUUGGAAACAAAAAAUCUUCUCUAAGAAGCCCAAGGCGAUACUUUUGAUUUCAGGUCACUGGGAAACUGAUCAUCCUUCUAUUAAUGCUGUUCAUAUCAAUGAUACUAUCUACGAUUUUGAUGAUUAUCCUGAUGCCAUGUAUGAGUUCAAGUAUCCAGCUCCUGGAUCUGUAGAGUUGGCAAAACGAGUAGAGGAAGUUCUAAAAAAGUCAGAAUUCGAAACGGUGCACAUUGACCAAAAGCGUGGGUUAGAUCAUGGUGCAUGGGUGCCUCUUAUGUUGAUGUAUCCCGAGGCUAACAUCCCGGUAUGUCAACUCUCGGUUCAACCAAAAAUGGAUGGAACAUACCACUAUAAUUUGGGUCGGGCGUUGGCGCCGUUGAAAGAAGAAGGUGUACUUAUAAUUGGUUCCGGAAGUGCAACACACCCUUUGGAUGAAACACCUCAUUAUUAUGAUGGGGUUGCUCCUUGGGCAGCUGCCUUUGAUUCUUGGCUUCAUGUAGCACUCACUAAAGGAAGGUACGAAGAUGUUAAUAGAUAUGAAACCAAAGCACCAAAUUGGGAACUAGCACAUCCAUUUCCAGAGCAUUUUUAUCCAUUGCACGUAGUCAUCGGCGCCGCCGGUGAAAAGUGGAAGGCAGAGGUUAUUCAUACCAGUUGGGACCAUGGUACGUUGUCUCAUGGCUCCUAUAAGUUCUUUUCCAGCUAACUUUCACCGUGUAAUAUGUUAUUGUUGUGUCAUUUUUUUGUCCAAAAAUUGCUAUUAUUUUACAUGGCCAAAUUGUUCCGAUUAAAAAGUCCAAAAAAAUAAAUUAUUUUCUUGGGCGGUUUUUUAGUCACUGCAUCACUGUCUUAAAAGAAGAAUUGCAUGGAAUUCAUUUACAUCUUAUUAAGUGGUUAAGCUAUCUAUUAAGUCGAUCAGUAGUUUAAGGCUUUACACUUGCUCUUACAAUAUGGUUCAAACUUGUAAGAUUCU